ACCCCAGCCAUCACACACUCACACACAUAUACAUCAUGAAAUUUCUUCUACCUCUGGUGGGAGUCGCCCUCCUGGCCUCUGUAAGCCACGCUGAUGGACAUGGAGGAAGUGGCAGACACGGAGGUGGUGGACACGGAAGUGGUGGACAUGGAGGUGGAGGCUACGGGAUUGGUGGAUAUGGCGGCGGAGGUUACGGAGGUGGUGGGGGCUACGGAGGUAUCAGUGGAACAUCAAACAAUAACUUCAACCAUGCAGGACGCUUGGGUGGUGGUCAUGGCGGUUUUGGCAUCGGUGGCAGCAUUGGAGGCUAUGGCGGCGGUGGACAUGGCGGUUAUGGCAGCGGUGGUAGCUAUGGUGGAGGUGGAUACGGUGGCAGCGUUGGAGGCUAUGGUGUUGGUGGCGGCUUUGGCGGCGGUGGACACAGAGGAGGAAAAUACGGGAAGUUCACGAUUGUCAGAAACUUAAGCUCCAGCAGUGAAGGUUUAUGUGACACGGAGCGACACUUUCGACACCAGAGAGAAAGGAGUUAUAUAAAAGGUCAAACUCAAGAUUCUGUCAGUCAGUUCACCUCAGCCAACGAACAGGUCAUAGUCGCCAUGAAGCUGUUACUGACACUGGUUGGCGUCGUGCUUUUGGCUACUCUGAGCCAAGCUGGUGGACAUGGUGGCGGCUACGGAGGUGGACAUGGUGGCGGCUACGGAGGUGGACAUGGUGGCGGCUACGGAGGUGGACAUGGUGGCGGCUACGGAGGUGGACACGGUGGCGGCUACGGAGGUGUAAGUGGAACAUCCAAUAACAAUUACAACAUCGCUGGUCCCCGUGGUGGAUACGGUUAUGGUGGAGGCCAUGGUGGCGGCCACGGAGGACAUGGUGGCGGUUAUGGUGGCGGCCACGGAGGACAUGGUGGCGGCUAUGGAUACGGAAAAUAAACGACCUGUCAACGCCAAAAACACCAGUGAACGUUUACAGCUAAAACCGAUCACAACAAUACCACUGAAGUCUGACUAAUACGAUGCCGAUCUUACGAAUGUACAACGUUUAGUGAUAGAGUUAAUGUGUAAAUAAAACGAAAUAAACUCUUUCAAUAAACUGUGAAUGAUUUCGAA